CCUGUGUGAAGUGAUCAGCAAUGACCACCAAAACUCUUCAUUCUUUGCUGCUUUUGCAGAUGAAGGUGUGUGGGACCUGUUUGUGAAGAACAUCCCGCGGAGUGCCACAUCCUACACGGUCAGCCUGGACCAGUUGAAAGAAGGAGUAAACUAUCAGUUCCGAGUGGUGGCGGUGAAUGAGCUUGGAUACGGAGAACCCAGUGCUGCUUCUGUAGCCAUCUCAGCUCAAACAGCAUCUCCUUUCUAUGAAGAGUGGUGGUUCUUGCUUGUGGUGGCCCUCUGCAGCCUCAUUCUCAUCCUGAUGGUCAUCUUUGCAUUGAUCUUGCACAACCAGACUAAGAAGUACCGAGACAACAACACAGGAAAAAAUGUGUCCGGCGUGGAAGACUCUGUCACUCUGGAUAAUGGGGGGUUUACGUCUCUGGAACUCAACAGCCGGCAUCUCAAUGUCAAAAAUACUUUCUUGAAGAAGAACGGAACCAGGUGA